AUGGAUGAAUCAGUGGAUCAGAGUCGCAGUAGCACUCACACAGAUCAGUGGACCAAUCAGAGUCGCAGUAGCACUCACACAGAUCAGUGGACCAAUCAGAGUCGCAGUAGCACUCACACAGAUCAGUGGACCAAUCAGAGUCACAGUAGCACUCACACAGAUCAGUGGACCAAUCAGAGUCGCAGUAGCACUCACACAGAUCAGUGGACCAAUCAGAGUCACAGUAGCGCUCACACAGAUCAGUGGACCAAUCAGAGUCACAGUAGCACUCACACAGAUCAGUGGACCAAUCAGAGUCGCAGUAGCGCUCACACAGAUCAGUGGACCAAUCAGAGUCACAGUAGCACUCACACAGAUCAGUGGACCAAUCAGAGUCACAGUAGCACUCACACAGAUCAGUGGACCAAUCAGAGUCACAGUAGCACUCACACAGAUCAGUGGACCAAUCAGAGUCACAGUAGCACUCACACAGAUCAGUGGACCAAUCAGAGUCGCAGUAGCACUCACACAGAUCAGUGGACCAAUCAGAGUCACAGUAGCACUCACACAGAUCAGUGGACCAAUCAGAGUCGCAGUAGCACUCAAACAGAUCCCAUUGAUUCCUUCUGGCAGUCGCCACAAAACAACCGGAAAAAACCAUCAAAGAUUUAUGAUCAAAGAGGCAAACAUUUUUCAAGAAACUCCUGGAAGAGCUUCGCAGAAAAACUAAGAGGAGGAUCGAUUUUUGUCGGGAGUUAA